UGAAGCUAUAAAAAAAAGAUAAGUUACAAAACGGCAAUAAAAGUAUGUAAUCAUUUUAUUUGCACACCAAAUUUUUGUACCUACUCAAAACGUGUAAAGUAAAUUUACGAAUAUUUAAGUAAAGCAUCAAUCGAGUAUCGUAGAGGAAACUGAAAAAUAUUGAAAAUAUUAGAAAUGGAAGAAGAACGCCCCAAAAUUUCGAAAAAACGCGACACGCUUUUCGUCUACUUCUGCGUUAUAUCUGGUCAUUUAUUGACUGUCUCGCUUGGAGCAUCGAUGGCUUGGACGUCCCCAGUUUUAACCAAACUAAACUCGAACAACACCGAUAUCAACCCGUUGGGAAGACCCAUAACAACCGUGGAGAUCUCCAUGUUAGCCGGAAUACCGUCAUUUACGAACACCCUCGGGCUCCUCCUGAUGCCCAAAUUCUCGGACCUAAUCGGCAGAAAGUCAUAUUUACUGUUCUGCGGCGUUGUAAUGUUACUCUCAGGCGUAGGCCUAAGCUUCAGCAGUGCCAGCAUCACUCUCAUGAUAAUCGCCAGGUGUUUGUUCAGCUUCACCGGGGCUUACACGGUGAUGGCGAUUUACGUGGCGGAAAUCACCGAGGAUCACAACAGAGGGAGGUUCGGCUGUUACUUGGGGAUAUUCCAUCAACUCGGGCAUCUCUUCGGCUACCUCGUCGGCCCGUUUUUCAGCAUUAAAUAUUUCAGUUUGAUCAUGACCGCGCCCGCUUUGAUAUUCGUUGUGGUGUUCCUAAUGGCGCCCGAAACGCCGAUAUAUUUGCUGAUUAGAGGUAAGGAAAGCGAUUGCAAAGAUUCGCUGAGGAAAUUGAGGAGGUACAAAAGCGACGAGGAGAUUGAAUUGGAAUUGAAGAAUAUGAAGGAGAAUCUCGGAACGGAGCGUAAAGGGAAGGUUGUGGAUUUGUUCAAAAAACGCGAAAACAUCCUAGCUUUGAUAUUCAGCCUUUUAGCGUUAUUGAUAAAAUUCUCUUCCGGUGUUACGGUAAUAUUCACGUUUCUAGCGCCCUUCUUCGACGAAGCAGGCACCAGUUUAUCAGGCGACAUGGUGGCCAUUCUAAUAGCCGUAUUCAAAAUAACAUUCUUCAUUAUAUCCUCGUUCGCGAUCGAGAAAUUCGGCCGAAGGAAACUCAUCCUGAUAUCUUCCGGCGGUACUGUCCUACCUCUAUUCUUCAUUGGCAUCUACUUCUACUUACAAAGCAUCGAUUCCUCGUUACUACCGCACCUUCAAUGGCUUCCUCUGACCGGUCUGAUACUCACAGUUUGUUUCUUCGGCAUCGGUUUGGGUCCUAUUCCUCAGGUUCUGAUAGCGGAAUUGCCACCGGCGGAGCUCAGAGCAGCUCUAACGGCUUUGGUACAUUCCACCGGUAACGUGGUGACUUUCGCUCUGACCUCCCUGUAUCCUCUGGUAUCGGAAAUGUACGGGAACCAAUGGUGCGUGUGGUGGUUCAGCUUGAAUUGCGCCGUCGGCGCCAUUUUGAUGUACUUCUUUCUACCGGAAACCAAGGGGAAGAGUUUCGAUGAGAUACAGGAGAUGUUGAAGAAUUAUUCCGAACUUAAAAUUCAAUAAUAUCGAAUCGGUGCGAAUUUUGGGUCGUAGUAAAGUGAAUAAUUUUUGUACAUUUAUCUGUAAUUUGAAACAAUGUAGAUUCAUUGUAGUUAGGUUUUUAUAUUCGCAAAUAAUAAUUUAGUGUAAUAAACGAAAUGGAACUUUGUACCUUACUGUCGGAAUAUUAGCUUCAAUUUGUGCAGAUUUGUAUCUACUAGUUAUAAUUUUUAUUGCAGCGAAUUUUAUUCAAAUCUCCGGGCCUCGUGUAAUUUUUUAAAUCCUAUUGAUAAAGCAAACACGAAUGAUAGACCAAUAAAAAAUCCAAAUAUAAUUGUGGCUAAUAAAUUCGUUUAAAUAAUGCUUUUUUACAGCUUUAUUAACGCUUCGUCAUUACAUUAUAGCCCUGACUUCUACCUGUAGUGUUACCAGUUGUAGAUCAAUUCAUUGAACUUUA